GACCAAAAGAAUUUUUUAAAAAUGUGAUAAUAGAAUUUGUUAAUUAUUAUAAAUCGGCAAAAGCGUUAAAUUGCCGAAGUUAAAGAAACAAGAAAGUGAUUUAUAUUUGUUAAAUACAAAUAAUUUUUUAAAUAAAAAUGAACAGGGUGGGUUUUAAUUUUAUUAAAACGAAAUGGCGCCUUUUUGUCAAUGCACAUCCGCUAACCAGAGGGGCAAUCACCUAUGCCGUAUUGUGGCCCUUCGGAAGUCUGGUACAACAAACCAUUGAGGGCAGAAAUUACACAAAUUAUGACUGGAAACAAUGCGUGCGAUUUAGUAUAUUCGGUUCUCUGUGGGUAGCACCUACUUUAUACGGUUGGGUGCGACUAAGUACUGCAAUGUGGCCGCAGAUGAGUCUACGCAUAGCCCUCAUGAAAGCCAUAACAGAACAAUUCUCAUACGGACCAUUUGCUUGUGCUACUUUCUUCAUGGGCAUGAGCCUGUUAGAAUUAAAAACUUUUGAAGGGGCAGUUGAAGAGACUAGGAAAAAGUUCUGGCCCACUUAUUAUGUGGGCGUAUGCUUUUGGCCUAUAAUACAAACUAUCAACUUCUCAGUGAUACCCGAACACAACCGUCUUGUAUUCGUAAGCAUUUGUAGUGUUAUGUGGACAAUAUUUCUAGCAUAUAUGAAUAGGAAGACAAUGAAUGCACCACAUAGCGAGAGUUGAUUAUUCCAUAAAGUCACCGAAUCUGCUGAUAAUUUAGCUGGAAACAAAACAAUUGCUUAGUACAAAUUUGACGUUUCAGAAUUUGAAUAUUUGUUGUGUUGUUAUUUCUUAGUUA